AUGUGCGAAAAUGACAACAAGAAUCUCCCAACUGACAAAGGAGGCAAGGCACAAUCGCAAGUUGAAACCGAGUCAGGCCUGAGGCAGCCAUUGACGUCAUUUUCGUCACUUUGGCAGAAGCCUGACUCCGAGUCCAAGACAGGCAGACGGACUCGAGGCACCAGCUUGCAUCCCGUCGGCUCCGACGUCAGCAGUGAGCCAGAACAGUCACACAAAUUCAACUCUUCCUCCUACAACUACUCCACCUCGUCCUAUUCAUUCUCCUUCUCUUUCUCCUCCGCUUUCUCUUUCUUCUCCUCCUUCUCCUUCUCCUCCUCCUUCUAUUACUACAACAACAACAACAACUACUACUACACCUUCUUUUCUUCUUUCUCCUUCUCUUUCUCCUCCUCUUUCUCCUUCUCAUCCUCCUCCUAUUACUACAACAACAACAAAAACUACUACUACACCUUCUUUUCUUGA